AUGGCGUUAACUGCUGGCGGUAGCCAAGCAGCUGCACCCUCCCCUAACCAGGUGUGGUCUUGUAUGGUGGCCAAGUCACCUCCACCUCCUUGGAAACAGAAUCUGAAGGCUCUCACUUGGAGUCAAUUUCAAUCUGGUGUGAUCGAACGCCUUAGUCCGGUGGAGGAUUACUUUGAUCGCUUUCUCAAAAGGCAAAACUUGGCGGGACUGAUUCAUUGGAUUGCAAUGAUAUCGGGCAACUCCACAUACAGUAUCAAGAAUGCUGUCGAGAUCACAUCACCGCAAGACUUCAAACUGUUUGUGAGGGAGGCCCUUCUCCGAUUCCCUGCUAAGGUGAUCUUCCGAUUGGAAAUGAAUGACCCCCGAGAAACCAAAAGGAGCUGA